ACUCAUGGAAGACACCUCAAUAGUCUAUCGCGACACGGCGAGAACAGCAUAAAGCGAGCAAGGCUGGGGUCUUUCUUCACGAGCACCAGGUCCAGCCCGUUGUAAAGGGAAGAAAUCCCCUCUCAAUGCAAUCGCCUCGUAACACAACGGUCCAACAGCUUCCAGACUAACGAAUUCUGGGUAAGGAAAAGUGCUACGACCCCCCCCACGUCUCACACUGUUGCCAAACUUCCGCCACACCCGCCAUAGCAGACUUGCUCCACCCGUAUCGCAAAUUCCCAGAGCCCGCAUCGCGCACGUGCGCGCGCCGCACACACCCGCCAUGGCCACGGCGCUAGACGCUCGCGGAGCCACGGCUCGCCGCCUCGCGCUCCUGACCGCCGCACUCUCGUGCCUUCUCGCCCUCCCUCCACCCGCCUCCGCUGCGCUGUCGCGCUCUCGCGCGGUCGGUGAGUCCGCGCGCGAGCAACGCACCCGACAACUACCCGCGCAGCCUCAGGCAGCAGCGCAAGCGCAGGCACUCGGCUCCGGCUACCACCUUGAGCUGCUGCACCCGCAUCGAGCGCGCGGCCCCUGGUCCUCCCGCUCCGCCUCCGCCCCGUUUCCCAUCCGCACGCCUCAAGGGGCGCCCCCCCGGGGAGAUGGCUGGGGGAACGAGCUGGGGGCGGCGAAGCCUGACCAGGGGAUGGGCGCAGACUACGCGGGCACGGCGGGAAACAGAGGGGCGGUGGAACGCGAAAGGGCUGAAGAGAAAGUGGAGGAACGGGAGGAUAGUGUGAGUGAGGAGGAGGAGCGUCGGGAGCUGAAGAGCAGCAGCAGCAGCAGGAAGAGCAGGGCUCCGUCGUCGUCGUCGUCGCGGGCGGCCAAGGACCUCAUUCUGAGAGAAGCGGUGGCGCAGGCAAACAAGCACCUGGGCAGCACCGUGAAGGUCACUCUCACCACGCACGUGGCGGUAUCGAGCGAUCUCCCCGCACUCGAGUACGGAACGCGUCUCAUGGUGGUCGGCAAAUGCGGCAAGAAGAGCAGGUGCGUGAUCAGCGGCGGCGGCUUCCAGGGUUUCGAGUGUCGGAGCGGCGCGGCGCUGGUGUUGGAGGGGGUGGAGAUGGCGGGGUUCGGGCGCGGCGCCGUGGUGGGGUCGUGCAGCGGCGUGGGCGUGGCGCCGUCGCUGCUGGUGCGCGAUUGCGUCUUCCGCUGGAACAACAACACCCGCGGCGGCGCCAUCCAGCAGUCGCUCGCCGCCAUUCAGAUCUCCAGCACGCGCUUCCAGGACAACUGGGCGGUGCGCGACGGCGGCGCGGUGCAGCUGGAGGCGGGCGGGUCGCUGGCGGUGUUCAACUCCGUCUUCCUGGGGAACGUCGCCAUGCGCGGGGGCGGGGGCGCGCUCGCGGGGCAGGUGGACGUGCUGCAGCGCACCGUGUUCCGCCGCAACCGCGCGCGCAGCAGGGGCGGCGCCGUGCUGUCGACGGGGGAGGGCGGACGUGCCGCCACCAUCAUGCGCUGCGUCUUCCGCGAGAACUCUGUCAAGUCGGGGGGCGGCGGGGCAGUGUACCUGGACGUCAGUGCCACGGGCGCGCUGUCUUCGUCGUCGUCGGCGGUGGCGGGCAACGGCGCGGGGUCGUUCGUGAACCGAGUGUGCCGCGCCAGCUUCUCGCGCAACCGCGCGCCCUCCAACUCCAGCACCGACGUGCUCCUCGCCACCGGCGCUGCCAGGCGCGCCGACCGCCGCAGCCGCACGGCGGGGACCGCGAGCGGGGCGGGGGCGGGAGGGGCAGAGAACCGGCUGCACGUGUGCACGCAGGACGUGAAGCCGCGCAUCGGCAUGCAGACGAGCAGAGCCUACGUGGUGAAGUCAUGCACGGGUUGCACUGGGUGCUACAACGACUGCAGUGGCAGGGGCAAGUGCACAUACGACAAGGUGGACGGCACCCCCUCGUGCCGCUGCGCCUCCAACUACGACCCCGACACCUCCUGCUCGUCCUGCAAGCCCGGCUACAGCCCCGCCACCGCCUGCACCACCUGCAUCGCCGGCUACAUGCCCGUCGCCUCCACAGCCAAACCAUCCACCACCAGCAGCGGCAGCAGGCGCACCAAGUGCCGGACGUGCCCCGCGCUGGUGGGCACGGCGGACCUGGCGGUGUACCCCAUCAUCGGCGGCACCAUCACUGAGAACGCCGACGCCUGCGCCGCCCUCUGCGCGCACUCGCGCCGCGUGCCCUCGUACACGGGCGACACCCUGCCCUGCCAGAACUGGAUCUGGCUGGGCCACCCUGAGAGUGUCGCGCAGGGCAAGGAGAAGCUGAGCGCGGAGCAGAGCCAGGAGGCAAGCAACUGCGCCGGCAUGUGCUUGAUGCGCUUCACAGAGGGGGCGUGCUCCAACGGCACAGUGACUGUGAAGAAACGGAAUGGCACUCCAGUGUACUUUGGAUCAUUUGAUGAUGGGUCCUGUGGACCAUGAUGAGGGAGAGCCGAGUGAGCUUUGUAAAUGAUGACCCAGAUAACCCCAUAGCAGUGCCACCUCUGCACUUGCAUUUGACUAGUAAUGAUUUACAUGCCUUUUUGCUGAGUUUGUUGGCCUUCUUGAUAAGCUUAGCUAUCCUGGCACUCAGUACCCUUGGAUAGAUAGACGCCCCUAGGGGCAUGCGAGACCGACCAGUGACUAGAAACUAGCCAGCAUAAGAGGUUUCUCGCGCGCGUAGCCAAGCUCUAGACGAAACUUCGCGCCAUAAGGAAUGAUAGCGAUAGUGCCGCAGAUCCCGUGACGACCGGCUAAGCAGUGCGAACCGCGCAUAAUUUAUCCCGAGGGACGAAGUGACGCGGGAGCAGGGACGGAGAGACACGAUAGCAGGGACUAAGAUACGCGAUAGCAGGGACGGAGAGACGCGAUAGCAGGGACGGAGUGACGCGACAGAACCUAGUGGCUGAGGCGAAAGUAGGAAGGAAGCAUCGAGGGCAGGGGAGGGAGGGCGGAGGGAGAGAGGAAAGUUGCAGGGGAGGGAGAGAGGAGAGCUGCAGGGGAGGGAGAGAGAGCUGUCGUUGGCAUGCCAAACAUCCUCGCUAUCCCCCGAACCAUUGCUUCCAAACCUCCACUCUGCCCAGAGUUCGCAAACACAUCGUACUCCUUAUCCCUGCCCAUCCCCAUCCCCCUCUCGCUGCCUGUCCAGCCCUCGGCGUGAUACCAACCCAGGUCCCUUCAUACGCCUUCUAUGUGCCCACCCUCCCAUGCCCCAACCCUCUCUUUACACCCAUUCUCACCCUCUCCCCCCAUCCCAUACUCUCCGUCAAUGCCCAUCUCCCUACACACUUCUUCACCGUGCACAUCCCCCCCUAUCCCACGCUGCCCUUCCUCUGCAGUGAACAAAGACAAGAGCCUCCAUGGAGAUCGCCGUAUGGGGCCGGUUUUAGUGGUUGGAGAGAUAUUAUCGCUGAUUUGCAACACUAUAAAUGCCUUUCUCAGAUAUGAUAUGAUACAUCAGGUAGCGAUUUGAGAAGCCUCCCCUCCCCUAAUCAUGAAUAAUACUAUUCAAAGUGC